AUUUUGAUUUUAGAUUUAGUUUCAUUCAUUUAUAUGAAUAUAUUUUAUUAUAUAUAGGAAAUUACAAGACUGAAGUACUUUAAAGUACAUGCACUUUGGUAAGAGGGUUGUUCGCCUUGUUUCCCGGUUCAAUUACCUCACUCGUCACCAGGAAAGGGUUACACUAGGCACCUGCCAAACUUUUAGGAAAGUACAUAAAAUGAAAUGAAAUAUUGAGGCAUUUAUCAACUGAUUAAAGCAGACUAAAUGUGUUGAUAUCAUGCUGGUGUGCAAAUAUUGAAGUGCUGUUCUGUUUCUCCUAUAUCUAAAAUUCGGAGCUGUCUGAAACCAGGAGCAUUUAAAUCGCCAAAUAUAUAUAUAUACCUGUAAAUGUUUGGCAAUAUUUUCGUUUAAAGCCUGAAUUUACAUAUUGAACCGUAACAAUGCAUAUAUACUGAAAGGAUUAAAUGAGGCACAGAUUUGGUUGAAAAGAACUUAUUACGGGAUUACGGACUGAUAUUGGUCAUUAAAAAUCUUGUCUGUCAUAGAAGUCAGCGGAACACAAAAACGAGAAAGUGUUACCGGUGUAAAAAAAAAAAAAAAUAAUAAGUGUUUCAAGAGGAACUGUACGCAGUGUAACGAAAAAUUUCAACAACAAAAUAAUUCAGGGAGACUUGGCAAGGUUACACCGAGUAUUUGCUUAUUCCACGAGAUUAAUGAGUGUGCAUGCAUUAAGGGGGCGUCGUUCUAUCGUAUUUUUGCACGAAAAAAGCCUCUUUUCGGUUGAUACGUUCGGAAAGUCACAGCUCUCUUAGUUUACAGUUCCGUGUGGCAUCCCUCAAUGGAAUAAAAAAAAAAAACAACUGAUAACGUGACUAAAAUGGGUAAUCUGAAAUCUAAAUUUAAACGCUCCAAGGGCAAAUCCAAGUUAUCAGCUGAUCUUCCCGAAUCCUCGUCCACUCAGAAAGUUGUGGAUCCGCGCUUACCAUUUUCAAAUUACCGACAGAUCUUUAACAUUCGCAAUGGAUGGAAACCCGUGUCUCGUAAGAUGGCGGAUACUGCUAAAGAAACCCUCAUCAGAUUUUUGGAAAAGUACCCCGAAUAUAAAGCAAAAUACCCCAUGAUAGCAGGACUAAAAACGGAGGAGGAGAUGAGGGAGAGCUUUGAGUUUGAAACCUACGCUCUGCAAAUUUUUGGAAUGUUUGACGAUGUCAUAGAGAAUUUAGAAAACGUGGACGCCGCACUCGAUGAAAUCGAGCGCACCGGAAAACAACUCACUUUACAGCUAAUAACGGACCUAGAGGAAUCCUUUAUGAACUCCGUACGUCUGCUUCUAGAUGAACGAUUUACAGAGACAUUACAGGAAAAUUACCGCCUCCUGUACGGAUUCGUCAAGUCCAAUAUACCACAAGAUGGCGUCAAAUAACAUAGAAGUACAUAGUGCAGGGACAUUGUUAUUUAACUCGGUACUCCACGGUACUACGUGUCGUAUAUUCUUCACGAGUAUACUAGUAUUAUACGUUAAAAGCUGUUCUUUGAUUGAAAUGUUUUAUUUAUUUGAAGCACUUCUACACAAACGUCUCCCUAGGUAUUGAAUACAGACUGUUUCAUGUUGAAUGCAAGAACACAUGAUGGAACCAUAGUACAUGUAAUUGUUUUGAGAGAACAUGUGACCAAUUUACGAUACAAUGUAGAUGUAAACACAUCAUUGUGAAUUUGUUGGUGCAUUUCAUAGUUUUAAAAGCAAAUAAAAUAAAUCAUAAUGCAAAUUCCAA